UGUAUUUACACAACAGAGAAAUACGGUCUGAAGUGGGUGUGUGCAGGAGAGGAGGGGUUAAAGAUUGGGAGGGUAUAGAUUGCAGACGGGGCAGGGGUGGGCUGGAUUGUGAUAGCGACAGAUGUCUAGAAAACUGUGAGGAGGCACUCCUCAGUUCCUACAGUCCCAGACUGCACCUCGGAGGCAGGGGCGGAAUCUGUAGCUGUCACACCAAAGGUUUACCUCCAUUAUCACAUCCAGCCGGAGCCUGGAAAAGAAGAAGUGAUCACUCUCGAGAAAUACAGGAGACAUCAUGGGAGGCAAACUGAGCAGGAAGAGGAAAGGAUAUGAUGUGAGCGAUCCCAAAGAGACAAAGGAUGAGACCACAGCAACUGCUGGUGGUGCAGAGGAGUCUGCUAAAGUGGAGGACGGAGCCCCGCCCACAGAAGCUAAGUUGACAACUGAGGCAAGCAAUGUGGUAGAGGAAGCUGUGGGGUCAGCUGUGGCAGCAGUAACUGAAGCUGUAGAAGUUCCAGAAGAGCCCAAAUCUGCACCUCCAGAGGAAACAGCGCCUGCAGCUCCAGAGGAGACAGCUCCAGUAGCAGAAGAACCAGCUCCUGCAGUAGAAGAACCCACUCCUGCAGUAGAAGAACCCACUCUUGCAGAAGAGAAGGCAGCUCCAGUAGCGCAAGAUCCAGCUCCUGCAGUAGAAGAACCAGCUCCUGCAGUAGAAGAACCAGCUCCUGCAGCAGAAGAACCAACUCCUGCAGUAAAAGAACCAACUCCUGCAGUAAAAGAAACAGCUCCUGUAGUAGAAGAACCAGCUCCUGCAGCAGAAGAACCAACUCCUGCAGUAAAAGAACCAGCUCCUGUAGUAGAAGAACCAGCUCCUGCAGCAGAAGAACCAACUCCUGCAGUAAAAGAACCAGCUCCUGUAGUAGAAGAACCAGCUCCUGCAGCAGAAGAACCAACAACUCCCGCAGUAAAAGAAUCAGCUCCUGCAGCAGAAGAACCCGCUCUUGCAGAAGAGAAGGCAGCUCCAGUAGCACAAGAACCAGCUCCUGUAGCAGAAGAACCCGCUCUUGCAGAAGAGAAGGCAGCUCCAGUAGCACAAGAACCAGCUCUUGCAGCAGAAGAACCAGCUCCUGUAGAAGAAGACCUAUCUCCUGCUGAAAUAAAGGCAGCUCCUGCUGCACAAGAACUAGCUGCAGCAGUAGAAGAACCAGCUCCAGCAGCACAAAAACUAGCUGCAGCAGUAGAGGAACCAGCUUCAGCAGCAGUAGAGGAACCUGUUAUAUCAACAGAGGAACCAGCUGCAACAGCAGUGGAGUCAGCUUCAGCAGGAGAGAAACAGGCCCCAGUAGAGCUCCCAGAGGCUACAGCAGCAGCAGUGGAGGUACCUGUGCCCAUUGAGCUUGAAUCUGAAGCUGCACCUGAAGAACUCCUUGUAAAAGAAUCUGCUUCAGAUGUAGACAUGGUUUCAGAGCCAGAGGUUGUUCCUGUCAGCAUAGAGGAAGCACCCAAGGACCAAGAGCCAGAGCCCAUCCCAGAGACUGUUACUGAGCCAGAAGCCAAUUUGAAGGAGACAGCGGUCCCUGCUGCUGUCCCUGACCCUGAGCCAGUGGCUGAGGCAGCUGCAGAGCCAGUUCUUGAUUCAGAGCCACAUCAAGUAUCAGUGAAAGUGUCCGAGCCAGAACCUGAACCAGAACAAGCACCACAGCCAGAUCUUGAACAAUCACCAGAGCCAGAACCAGAACCAGAACAAGUACUCCUGCCAGAGCCUGAGCAGGUGGCUGAUGCAAUUGAAUCUGCAGCAGAGGAACAAGUAGAACAAGUUAUGCCGGAACCAAUUGUAGCCACAUCUGAGGUUACUGAACUUGAGAAUGCAGAAGUGGAAUCAGCUGAGGUCUUGGAGACUGCAGCAGAGAAGGUGCCCACUGAAUAUCAGUCUGUAGAAGAGGAAUCAGUUGCAGCAGAAGCCCCCAGCACUGAAGCAGCGGCUGAGCCACAAACAGCAGAACCUGUCCCAGAGAUUGUCAUCUCAGAGUCUGUCUCUGCCACCGAAAUUACGUCCGAGUCCGAAGAGGUGGCUGAGGCCUCUGUGAAAGAGCUGCCUUGCCCUGAGGAAGAAAGCAAGAUGGAAAAUGGAGAUAUAGAGAGCCCUUCUGGUACAAAGGAUGUGGCAGAAGUAGAUGUACUUCCAGCUGUGAAUGGAGAGUGCACACACUCUGCUGCCACACAGAUAGAGGAAUGUGUUAAUGGUAAUGAAAAGCCGGAGGAGAUGCCUAUCAAGGAGCAGAGUGACUUUGAACUGAAAAAGGAGGUGAACCUGAGCGGGAACAUCCAGGAAGUUCCCGAUGCAGUCUGUGACCUGGCAGAGGGCCUCAGCACUGAGAUCACCCAGGCAGUCUGAAAAAGUGGCCAUCUUUCAAAUCAAUGUGAAUUCAGUUUAAUCCUCCGAUGGUGUGAGAAAGCCAUCAAGGUAUCACAAACACAGCUAGGCUUUCUGGAAUGCUGUAACCACUGCAAUGUCUAUAGUGGUAACUCAGGCAUAAGGAAGUGUUCUUUCGAGAAACCAAAAAUGAAAUGCAACCACUUCAGGAUGGGAACAGAGAGAGAGAAAUAGGAAGAGACAUGGAAGUGCAGAGAGGAGACUUUGGUUUGGAAUUGGAGGGUGAGCGCAGACAGAGAGUGAAACUGGACAGCAGAGCAAAAAAUAUUGGGCAGUAAAUAUGAUAUUAAUGAGUGGAAGGAAUAAAUCAGUCUUUGUGUGAGCGCCCAAUGAAUAUUACAGAGUGGUUUAUUGGAACAUCAUUCAUUAUUAGUAUACUAUCUGAUUUAGAAUGUCAUAUAUCCUUUCUAUUAUGUAUGCAGAGACAUGACAUAAAUGUUUGGCCUUUUAUAAUAAUGGUACCUGUGAGGACUGUGCAUUUCCAAUUGAUUGUUUGGAGUAGAGAAUAAAAAGAGAUUGUUAUAGCCUA